UCGAAGUAUCGCGAGAUUGAGCGGGGACUGCAGAGACCCAAAGGGAGGUUAUGGCAGAUACAAAGGCCAAAUUUUGUCAAACAUCUGUGAUGUGUAAUUCAGCCAUUCGGUUAAAAAUGCCCCUAUUACCUCUGCUGGCCUUUUAGCUGCUGUAGAGGAGGCGCGGGAACUCUUCAGCAGCUCUUUCUGUCUUUUCCUGGCUGUGCCUGUCCUCGUCCUGGUGUCCCACAAUGCUGAGUGAUCAAGAUCACCCUGUGCUCUAGCUGUGGUGCUUUGGCUGCCCUUCACUGACGAUGCUGUAUCGCACACCCCAGCCUCGAAUUGAGUGGGAAAUUAAAUCAUCAGCGGUUGUGCGCGGCACGCACUUGUUUGCACACGAGCAAAGGUGUUUUUAUAAGUCUAACUUGCGAAUGCCAGACCACUGAUUCGUCAAACCUGCUUUCCUGCAGUCUGUGUUCUUCUGAAUAUUUUGUAUCCCAUCUGAUCGGGUUGUCCAGGCUGUCUUCUCUUUUCGGUCCACCAGAAACAAUUCACUCAGUUGCCAUAAUGUCCAGACCUGGAGAUCUUCCAGCCCUGGAAGCAGGUCCAGGUGCUUCAGAGGGACUCCUCGGGGUAAUGUCCAUCCCUGUUAGGAUGACCCGUCGAGCUCACGGCUAUGAUGAUAAUCUUGAGUGCCCUAUGUCUUCACCUCCAUCUGACAUUAAUAUUAACAACCUGUGGAGGCGACCUCUUAUACCUGAGAGGAAGUUUGCACGACUUGCUGAGGAGGAUGAGUCAGAAGGAGGGGUAAAACAAAGUGCUACCUUUGAAUCCACUAAACCUCCAGUCCCUGUGGUGAAAGCCAAAGCCUCGUCGGUCAUGAACUCCCUCAUCAUCAAGCAGACCCAGGAGAGCAUGCACAGUUUUGAGAAGCAGGCAGGACUGACUGAUACAGGCUACACUCCUCACAAAGGCUUGAAUGCAGAGGAGACCCGCUACCAUCGUCUGGCAGAGUCAAUGCAUAAGCUUCAAAUGCAAAGUGUAGAUGCCAAAGAAGAAAAACAGCCAUUGUCUGGUCAGUCGACGCCUGCCGUGACCCCUCAGUCCUCACCCAAGCAGAUACGCAGGGGAUGGUUCAGCAGCUCCACCGGUUCUCUCACAGGCUCUGAGAUGAGCACCAGUUCCAGCUCCAGUGUAGAUCUGGCUUCCAGUGAUGGACCUGUAGAACACUGGGGCACUUUUGGACCACGAACUCAAGUCAGCAAGUCCACAACUGACCUAGGGGGCUUUGCCCUGCAGUCCUACAAGGGAGCUCAGAAACCCACCCCUAUGGAAGUGAUGAAAGCCCAGGCCACCCGCUUGGCCGAGGACCCCACAAACUUCAAAGCUCCCCCCAAGAUGGAAAUCCCAACCAUGGAGGGGAAGAGGCCGAUGAGCCAACCUCACAAACUCAAACACCGGGACAUGAACGUCUUGACACCCUCUGGAUUCUGAGAGAACUCCCUACAUCCCCCUCAGCUGUACACAUAGUGAACCGUAGCUGGUCUACCCUUUCUCUUAUUAUCUUGUGCUGUUGGGUCACUGCAUUGGUAAUUGCUUUUCCCUAUCACAGACUCAUCCUUUUGCUAGUGUGGAAUUAAAUGUUCAUCCUCAGAAUUUGUUGUGUAAGUGCGUAGCAGCAUCUUUGCUUGUGCUGUUGUCAUUUGUUAGCCUCUUCUUUGCUUUGCCUUUUAAUUUUUCCUUAAGUGUUUCUUUAAGUUAGUAUGUGUGAGAGUGUGCGUGCCUUGAUGUUUUUGGAUCUAUCGUGGUGUAAUUAUCAUUUAUUCAUGGCUUGACUAUGAACAAAAGCAGUGUUUUUAUGUGUUGGGUUUUUCGUUGCAUCACAUAGAAAGUUUGAAAACUGCCUAGAUCAAUUGUCAUAUAUUGAGAAAUGAUGUUGUGAUUUCCUGUGUAACAUCUUCAAUACACAAUGGGUUCAGUGAUAACUUAAUUCUUUAAGUCUUUGCUGUUGUGUAUUAUGACGUUUAGCAUUGUUUUGAUACGGUUGUGUCGAGGACCGUGUGACAUAAGGGCACUAAAACUGACUGAAGGCUAAAAAAAAACUUUGGCUGACAUUGUAUUUAAUAUAAAAGCUCUGGACAGAGAAUUGAUUAUAUUUUUGUUACAAGUUUAAAAUUGUUUCAAUUUCACGAAAGGUUUAAUGUAUUUGCUUUGAUCUCAUUGGAUCUGUUAAUACAUGAACGAAUAAAUAAAAAUACGUAAACGCCA